CCAGGGUGCCCCAUGUCUGGGAGGGGAGAGGGUCAGAAAUGGUCAGAGACAGGACCUCGCCCCCGACGACUCUGGACACAGAUGGUGCGCAGACGCCCAGGGGACUCCGAGCAGAGAAAAGGCCAGACACGUGAGGGACGUAGGUUGUGGGGAACGAAGGACCUGUGGCCCCCUGGACCACUGAUGCAGUAUCCAACAGAUGGACAGAGGGAGACUCAAACUCAUGGAGGCCUGAGGGGACCCUCAUACCAUCCCCCUGCCAGUAGCAGAGAGGAACUCAUGGCUGCACUGCAGAACUGAAGAGAGAGAAGUUGGGCAGCAGGCCGGGUUACUGGCAUAAUGACCAGCUGCCGCCACCACUCGGGAUACUUGGCAGACGAUGAGGCCGGCCAUACCACGUACUUGGCCCGGGUUCAGCCGCAUAAGAAGCCAGCAUUCCCGGAAAUGGGGCAAGCCUCUAAGCUGGGCCACGUGCCACAUCCACCGUCAAUGUACGGCCCCUCGGGCAGCUCAGGGCUCCACAGCCACCGCCGAAACUCAAAGGGUCCUCGGCCCUUUGGUAGCUUCCUGGAUUUCCUUGUUGAGGGCCAGGUGCUGGACAGCCUGCAGACCGUGGUGGAGAAGGCAACUGAGCGCAUGGCCACCAUGAAGACAGAGGCAGGGGUGCCACUGGUGGAGGUGCAGGACCCAGUGGAGGUGCCAAGGGGCGGGCGACGGGUGCGUGCCCGGCCCAGCCUCAGUACCAUGCACCGUCACCGUGUCCGGCCCAGCCUCUGCAUUGGGAACCCCAACAACUACCCAUCCUGCUCCAGCUCCAUGUCUGACUCCCAUAGCAACUUCACAGCUGGCUGGCCGGGCUCCCACAGCCGAGACAGUGACAUGGGCUACCACGGUUUGGGCCCACUGCCACCUAGGAGGGACAAACUCCUGCAGGAAAAGAGCCUCAAGCGGCUGUUACGGCUGGAAAACAGAGGGAAAAGCCUGGGGCAGUCCUCCCAGAGGGACUCCCUGCUGUGGGACUCUAUGGGCAGCCAGUCCAGCAGCCAGUGGACCCCAAAGCAGCCCCUGUCCUGGUUCUCAGGCCUGCUGGGUUCGAGCUCAGGCACGCCUGAAGUUUCAGAUCUGGGGCCUACAGAGCGGGAGCUGAUUUUCCUCAAGCGAGAGUUCAACAAGGAGAUCAAGUCCUUGCUGAGCCAGCCAACAUCCUUUGACCUGCCUGGCUACUGUUCACUCCGCGAGCCCCAUCGGACCCUGGACUUCCUGGCUGAGCACCGCCUUUUCCCUGCCCUGCAGAAUGUGGUCAACCAGGCUGCGGACAAGCUCAGUGGUGCCCGCCGCCAAAACGGCUGCCCUCUCUUCCCAUCAGAAUGGGAGCCCACCACAGAGCCCAACUUGGAAGUCAUGCCAGGCUCUGAGGGGGCCUCACUCACCGAAGGGGAGGAGCCCUAUAGUUAUUCCCUUCCUACCACGACCUCCAGCCUCAAAAUGGUUCACAGAAAGAGCAUCAAGUCCAAAGGAGGGGGAAAACCCAAGGAAGGUGGUUCCCCCAUGUCUAGUACCCAAGGAGCCACCAGAUUCCGGCUCCAGAGCCCCAGUUACAAGUUCGUGAAGAAGAAGACCUUGCCCUCCAUCUCGUCCACCGUGCCCCAUCUCUCCAACCCUUGGUACGAGGAGCUUGUCAACUACUUGAUGGAGCAGGCUGUCUCCUUGCUCAUCUGCAAGUACAAGUUUGAGAGGAACCUCACCAAGCAGCUGGGCUUUAUCUCUAAACUCAUGGACCUCCUCCUGGGCUUCAAGAAGGUGAAGGGCUCCCACAUCCGCCUGUCUUCAAAGGUUAACUGGAGCUGCCUCCUGAAGAAGCUGGAGGAGGCCCAGCAGGCCCAGCAGGUAUCCCAGCCAGUGUCUCGGCCCACGUCCCUACGGGCCUCCCAGCGCGACACUUCCCAACGUAGCACUUCCCAGCGCUCUGCUGCCCACCGUGGCACUGCCCACCCCAGCACCUCCCCGCACAGCCCGGAAGCCCCCUCCACAUUGCCCAAGCCGGCCACGGUCGUGGAUCAGGAGACGGCUGCAGAGCCCUCCCUCCACACUGAGUCACUGGGCUCCCAGCUGCCCACCCCUCAGGAGAAGAGUACAGCUGAGGAGCAGGAGCCCACAAGCCUGUUGGAGCCCAAGCUCAUUACUGGCGUGGGCUCCAACCAGCAUGAGCAAGCAGUAGAUGUGGAGGAGGGCCAGAGCAAUGAGGAGGAGGAAGAGGAGGAGGUGAAGGAGGAGGAUGAGGAGGAGGAUGAGGAG